CGCCUACGGCGGCCGAGUGGGGCCGUUCCGCCCUCGCCUUUUGUCCGGCGGGGGCGGCCGGCGGGAGCCCAGAGCUCCGAGCUUUUGUCUUGAGGAGGAACGAGCCCCUUGCUUUGCUUCUGGUUGGCGCGAGGAGGUUUUACACCAAAAUCAGCUGUGGUUUCUCUGAACAGCAGGACACGGCGGAGCAUCCAUCCCAUCCCGGGAAAAUGGGGUCCAAACAGAUCGCCCAGGAAACGUUUGACGAUGCGGUGCAGGAGAACAUCACCGAGUUCGAGAUGGAUCCAGAGGAGGCCGUCAGAGAAGCCGUGCAGCAGUUCGAGUCCCAAGGCGUGGACCUGAGCAAUAUUGUGAAAGCUGUGCGACCUGCCUCUGAGAACGGGCAGAGACAGAAGCAUCAAAUCCUGCUGACCCUGGACUCCCUGGGCAGAGCCGUGGCCGAGCCGGACGUGGCCGAGCUGCCCGGGCAGCUCUCGGCGCUGGCGGCGCAGUGCAAGGAGCAGCUGGCCUUCCGCUACCUGGCCGGCCAGAACGGCGCCUACCCCGUGGUGUUCUCCGCCUGCCAGCUGGCUGCAGGAGACAGGGAUUUACUGCUCCAAGCCUUCUCCACGCUCUCUGCCCUGCUGGAUGGGCAGCCAGACCUGCUGGAUGCCGCCGGGCAGGAGCUGCUGCUGCAGAGCCUGCGGGAGCGGCGGGAGGACGCGGAGAUGACGCUGGCCGGGAUCCGCUGCGUCCGGCACGCCUGCCUCAAGCACGAGCAGAACAGGCAGGACUUUGUCAAGGGUGGGAUCCUCCCUCUGCUCACUGGAGCCAUCAUCCAGCACGGGGACAGCGCUGACGUGGUCAGGACGGCGGCCUCGGCCCUCAGGGUGAUGACGUUCGACGAUGACAUCCGCGUGCCCUUCGGUCACGCCCACGAUCACGCCAAGAUGAUUGUCCUGGAGAACGAUGGCUUGAGGGUCCUCAUUGAAGCUGCAAAAGCCUUCACGGAUAACUCGGGGGUUCUCAGCGAGCUCUGUGCCACCCUCUCUCGCCUCUCGGUCAGGAAUGAGUUCUGCCAGGAAAUUGUGGACCUCGGGGGAUUGAAUUUCAUGGUGACUCUGCUGGCUGACUGCAUGGAGCACCCGGACGUGGUGAAGCAGGUGCUCAGCGCCAUCCGCGCCGUGGCCGGCAACGACGACGUCAAGGAUGCCAUCGUGGACGCCGGGGCCACCGACCUCAUCGUGCUGGCCAUCAGCCAGCACCUGGCCAACCCUCAGAUCUGUGAGCAGGGCUGCGCUGCCCUGUGCGUGCUGGCCCUGCGCAAGCCCGAGAACUGCAGCGUCAUCAUGGAGGGCGGCGGGGCCUUGGCAGCUCUGCAGGCCAUGAAGGCUCACCCACGAGAGGUGGCUGUCCAGAAACAGGCCUGCAUGCUGAUCCGCAACCUGGUGUCCCGCAGCCGGGACUUUUCCCAGCCCAUCCUGGAGAUGGGAGCCGAGAACCUGAUCACGGAGGCUCGGGCCGCGCACAGGGACUGCGACGACGUGGCCAGGGCUGCCCUCAGGGACCUGGGCUGCAAAGUGGAGCUGCGGGAGCUGUGGACGGGCCAGAAGGGGAGCCUGGCUCAGUGAACCCUCGUUUCACCAAGCAGGGAAGAUCCAAGGCGUUCUCUGCCCCCCCGGAAUCCCGCGGGAAGAGCGACCGGCGUGGAAUAUCCGAGGCUCGGGAAGCUGCAGGGAACGUGUUUUUCUCCUCGGGAGCUCCAGCUGAAAUGGCUUUCUGCAUCCACAGGCUGCAAAAUCAACUCUGUGUAGUGGUCAUUGCCUGGAUCAUCUCACGGCUGAGGAUGAUCUGCUCCCCCCUGGCGUGCAGGACGGGGCUGUUCCCCCUGCUCUGAUCCCCGUGCUGGCAGCAGCAGCGGCUCUCUCCUCCUGCCCAGAGUUUGGCUGCUGCUUCCCAGUUUGUCACCCUGCUCAGGGGCUGGAUGAGGAGGAAUCCCAGCGUUUGUGAAUGUGCUCUCUCUGUUCCUUUGUUCUUUUACUGCUCACCCCACUCUUGCGUCGCUGCUUUCUUUGGGAUUUUUUUUUUUCCCCUGCCGGCGUAACGUUUGAAACGAAAAGAAAAACACACACAAAAAAAAUAAAGCAGAGUAAGGAUUUGGGAUAAUGUCCAAAGGAACUGUUGGCAUCCAGGAGGAAAGUUCAUGUUCUCCCUCGGUGAGAGGAGCAGGGCAGGGACUGGCAGUGGGGGUGGGAAUUCCAAAGUGGGGCCAAGCUGGCAGUGGUUCCACGCUGCAGGAAGCGCUGGGAAUCCCAGGCUUUGUCAACUCCUAGCACUUCCCUGGAUCCAGGAAUGCUUUAAUUGUAGUGAAGAGGCCAAGAACCUCACGGACUGAGGCAAAACUGUGGAUUUUUGGGCAAAGCAGGCCCCAGAAAGGCUCUGAAGUCUCAGCUAAAGGCUUUUGUGCCAGCCCUGCUCUGGUGCUGAGCCUUCCUCCUGCGCCGCCGCCGCUGUUUUUGUGAGUGGAUGUUUUUAAAUGUGUUAUUCUCUGUAGAAAUGGUGACCUUAUAAAACAUACAAACCUUCCAUGG